AAUGGAAAAGUCAAGAUACCUGAAAUAUUUCUAAACCUCUGAAAGCUUUCAAGACUAUCUCCUCCCGGACCAGCACUUGGAAGAACAUAUCAGAUCACAGAAGGAAGUUCACAGUGGAGAUGCAGAUGACACUGCUCUUCCUGCUCUGCUGCAUCCCAGCAGCAAUGGCCUGUUUGCAGUGUGAUCGCACCGUCAAGGUCCUGCAUGAGGACUUCAUCUUGUCCGCUCCCACGGUGAAUGAUCAGAUCGAACUGCAAAAGAUUAGCGACCAUGCCUAUGUGACCUACAGAGAGACCAGUCAAGCACGAAAGGGGGUCAUUGGACCUAUAACAUUUGACACCAUUCAAAUCAUGGAGAAAGGCAGGGGUAUCUUGGAGAAACACUUGGACGCCUUCAUCCAAGAUGGACUGUGCCCCAACAAGUGUGGGCUUCUAAACAGGAGAGUAAUGGAUUGUGUUUCUUGCCGCAAGAAGAUCUACAUCUGUCCUUCCCCAACAGGCCAGCAGGACUGCGGUGAGUACCCAGUACAGGCUGAGGAGGGAGGCCAGGCAGUGUUGGACUGUUUUCGUCCCUGGCAUCGUCUUCUGCUGGGAAGACCAGAGUACCACUACUCCUGGUCACCUGGAGUACCAGGAACUCAACAGCUGAAUGAAAGCGAGUUUGCGACUUUAGUAGUGACCGAUGAGUCGUCUUUGAUCUUGAAUCAGCUUCAUGUGACUGAACAAGGAACGUAUCGCUGCUCGCUGCAAGACCGAAAUGGAACCAUCUUCUACGGAGUGGCUUUCUUACUCAGCGUUGCACUAUCGCCUCCUCAAACUCACCGACCCCUUGUCACUCUGCCCCCCGUGCCUCAUGGAGACAAAUACUCACCUUCACAGCCCACAGAGGAGCAGCUGCUGUCACUCAUCACCAUGGCUGCCGCUCUGGGUGUGACAGCCAGCGUGGGCCUCAUAGUUCUUCUGAGGAAAAAAUGUCAUCUCAUCAGUCCGAGGAAAAAAGGGAUAGAAACAUAA